CUUAGAAAUAACAUUUCGGUAUGAAUUUAUACUCUUGUUCAGUUCUGCAAUCUGCGCGUCGGAAUCAUUUUCAGUCUCGAACGCAAUCGUACACCAAACUCUGAUAAUAAUAUAUCACAAAUUAAAUUGGCAAGCAAUUUAAUUUGUAAUAUUGACGCUAAUAAGCAUCUAUCAAGCAGUCAGAGACCGGUUUGUGCAUAAAUCGUGUAAGCUAAUACUUGUAUAUCGGACAACAAGCAUUUGUAGUGAGUAUUCACAUAAUUUAAACAUGAAUUCGGUGGAAGAAGUGUAUGGUAGCGGAUGGGCAGCGUGGUGGAGAAAAUAUUCAACAGCAUUACAAAUUGGAACGACAAUUUCGUGCAAUAUCGCGUAUCUUGCGGAUGCCGGACACACACAUAAGGCUGUGACGCUUUCGAUGGUUUUGCUGGGUGGUGCUACUUUGUACUGUUUCUUCAGUCGUCGGCGGAAAAUAAAUGCACGGGAUCUUAUCGUUAUAACCGGUUGUAAUUCCGGUUUGGGCUAUAGUCUAGCGAUGCACUGUCGUGCCAAGGGUGCGAUGGUUUUGGCCGGAGUGCGCGAAAUGCCAACAGUGCCUUCUAACGCCGUUGAAGCAUUAAGGAAUAAAGGCGUUAUUGUUCAUCAAGUCGAUAUUACGGAUGGACAAUCCGUUCGGGAUUUUCGUCACAAAGUUAAAGAACUGUUGGAGGAGCGGCAGUUAGUACUGCGCACGUUGGUGAAUAACGCAGGGGUGAUGGUUUUUGGCGAAUUCGAGUGGCAAACGCAGAAACUCGCGGAGUAUCAGGUAAACGUGAAUCUGUUGGGAACGAUGAAAAUCACGCGAGAGUUGAUGCCGAUUUUACGGGAGAAUCGCAGCAGAAUUAUCGUGAUAUCUAGUCAUUGCGCUAAUGAGUCCUUACCGGGUACAAGCAUCUAUGGGGCUACGAAGGCCGCCCUCCUCGCAUGGACCACUUCUCUUCGGGUAGAGGUUGGCAAAUACGGGGUCGAAGUGGUCUCCUUUAUACCGGGUGGCUUUGUAUUACAAAGCAAUAUCAUGAAACGGCAACGGCUGCACUUUGAUGAAAUGAGACAACACAUGUCGGAGGAAGUGAAACAAUUUUACGGCAACUAUUUCACUCGAUACGCAGAGUACUUUUGUAUGCCCUCGCUUACGGAAAAUCGAGAUCAUGCAAAGAUUAUAUCAGAUCCGAAAAUUUAUGAAACCUUUGACAACGCUCUUCUCAAUAUCUAUCCUUCGGCAGUUUACAGAUGUGAGUCAUGGAGAUACUUCUUUUAUCGUAUUUUAUUCAAAAGCACUCCAAUGUCCAUGCGCGACCGAUUGGUACAACGUUUCGUCGUAACACCGCCAUGGAAGACCGAUGAAAAGUAA